AUGAUCGGCCGAGGCGCGCGCCAUUUUGUCUUUCUGGGCCGGACGGGGUAUGAAAAGCCGGCUGCAAGGCGAUUGAUUGAAGAGCUAGAGCGAGAUGGUGCCCAUUGCACCGUUGUUACCGGCGACGUAAUCAAGUAUGCAGACGUCGAGCGCGCCGUCCAGGCCGCCGGGGCUACUGUGCCACUUGGCGGUGUCGUACAAGCGGCCAUGGGCCUGCACGAGUCCAUACUCAAGUACAUUACGCACGAAGCGUGGCAGACCGGCACACUAGCGAAGGUGCAGGGGACGUGGAAUCUGCAUCAGGCGCGCGCCGCGGAAGACAAGGAGAAGGACCUCGACUUCUUCCUCCUAACCAGCUCCAUCGCCGGAAAGGUGGGAACAGCCACCGAGGCAAACUACUGCGCAGCCAACAACUUCCUAGACGCCUUUGCGCAGUACCGACGGAGAUUGGGCCUGAAGGCCAUCUCGCUGGGACUGGGGAUGGUCUCUGAGGUUGGGUAUCUGCAUGAACAUAGGGAUAUCGGGAAACUGCUACAUCGAAAGGGCACCCGACCUUUGUUGGAGGAUGAAAUGCUUCAGAUUGUUGACUUUGCACUGGCUCAGCAGCUUACCCCGACCUCCGUCCGUGAUCGGGACACUCUAGCCCAAUCGCUCAUCCUGACGGGGCUAGAGGAUACAGGGCAUGGCAACAGCAAAGCGCAGAAUACACCGCAUUCUCGCAGUAUGUAUCCGACGCACGGUUAUCUGUUCUGA